GACUGGAAUUAGGCUGAGGGCAACUGGAGCCAUGCUGGGGACAACUGGGAUCAUACUGGGAGCGACCGGGACCAUACUGGGAGCAACUGGGAACAUACGGGGAUGAUAUUGGGAGCGACUGGAGUGACUGGGACCAUACUGGGAGCGACUGGGACCAUACUGUGAGCGACUGGAACUAGGCUGAGGGCAACUGGAGCCACGCUGGGGGCAACUGGGACCAUACUGGGAGCGACUGGUGCCGCUCCCGCACGCCUGGCCCCACCCCGCGGCCGCGCUGGGGGCGGGGCUAUGCAAAUUUAUGCGAAUGACCCCCCGCCGCUUCCCGCCCGUCCCCGGCUACCAUCGAGUCGCGGCCUCCGCCGGCGCAGAGCGGCCGGGCGGCCUCCCAUUGGUGGGGCGAAGGCGAGGCGGGCGGAAGUGACGUCGCUCGGAGCGCGGCGCGGCGGGAGGUUUGAAUCGCGGCGGCGGCGGCGGCGGCGGCCCGCCCCCCCCGCCAGCCCCGGACGCCUGGGCCGUGCCCCCCCCGCCGCGCUGGGCGUGGCCUCGCCAUGCCCCGCCCCAAACCCCCCGCCCCCCGCCGCCGGGGGCGCCCCCCCUCCCCGCCGCCCCCAUCGCCCCGCCGGACCCGCAGACGCCGCCCGGGCCAGCGCGCCCUGCAGGAGAUCCGCCAGCUCCAGAGCAGCACCCGCCUCCUGCUGCGCCCGGGGCCCUUCGCCCGCCUGGUGCGGGAGAUCUGUCUCAUCUUCACCCGGGGGGUGGACUAUCGGUGG